ACACCGCCGAAUGAUCCAUAUUACGUCGCACCAGAUCAACUUCCAGCUUCCCUUCCUGCUACGCAGGAGAUUCGACCAGCCGGCACUACAUAGCACCAGCGCUCCACACAGACAGCCAAGGCUAUUGGUAGGUGCGCACUUGGUUGUUGAAUACGGUUCAGGGACCAAGAUCCGUCAAGGAAACAAUCUAGAUUUUCUACAUCAGCAUCAACAUCUGUCGUUCGUCGCCGUGCUACGGCUGUGGGCUAUGUACGAUGAAGGUGAGUGCGUGUUUAUCGUCAUAGAGCACUUCAAAGGGGAAUACUCCCCAAGACAUCUGGCCCUCGUUGCAAGCCUCCCACAAA